AAAAAGAAGCUGACAAAGGUCGAAACAACCCCACUUCCCCCAAAACUCUGUACGGUGAAUAUGUCGACUUCCAACGACGAGAAAGUGGUGUGUGUCACCGGCGGAAGCGGCUACAUUGGUUCUUAUCUUGUCUCUCUCCUCCUUUCCCGCAAUUACACCGUUCACGCCACCGUCAAAGACCUCAAAGAUGACAAGGAAACGAAGCAUCUAGAAUCCCUAGAAGGUGCAGACACUCGCCUCCGAUUGUUCCAAAUUGAUCUACUUGAUUACGAUUCCAUUGCCGCCGCUGUCGCCACCACCUCCGGCGUUUUCCACAUCGCUUCCCCUUGUAUCGUCGAUCAAGUUCACGACCCUGAGAGGCAAUUGCUUGAUCCAGCAAUAAAAGGGACGAAUAAUGUACUGAGAGCUGCGAAAGAGGCAGGUGUGAAGCGUGUGGUGGUGACUUCUUCUAUAUCUGCGAUUACGCCUAGUCCUAAUUGGCCUGCUGAUGUUGUUAAGAAUGAGGAUUGCUGGACUGAUGUCGAGUAUUGCCAGAAAAAAGGGUUGUGGUAUCCGCUUUCCAAGACAUUGGCUGAAAAAGCUGCUUGGGAGUUUGCUAAAGAGAAUGGUUUGGACGUGGUCGUGGUAAAUCCUGGCACUGUGAUGGGGCCAGUUAUUCCACCCACGCUAAAUGCAAGCAUGUUAAUGCUACUUCGCCUUCUUCAGGGCUGCACUGAAACUUAUGAAGAUUUCUUUAUGGGAUCUGUCCACGUUAAGGAUGUAGCCCUGGCGCACAUUUUAGUCUAUGAAAACAAGUCUGCUACUGGAAGACACUUGUGCGUGGAAGCUGUAUCACAUUAUGGUGACUUGGCUGCCAAAGCCGCAGAACUAUUUCCAGAGUAUAAUGUGCCAAGGUUGCCAAGAGAUACUCAGCCAGGAAUGUUGAGGGGCAAGGACGUAGCAAAGAAGUUGAUGGAUUUAGGUCUACAGUUCAUACCAAUGGACCAAAUAAUCAAGGAGUCUGUUGAGAGCUUAAAGAGCAAAGGAUUUUUAUCUUGAAUAUAAUUUUGUGGACUUCCUUGUUGAAGCCCUAAGAUCAGAAGCUAUGUCUUCAUAGACUGUGUAGUUACUAGCUAAGUGUGUGUAAACUGCAGACGAUGUUGUAUUAGUAUUCUAGCAACCUAAACUUGAACCAUAACUGUACUACGCCAUGACAUUUGAGUUCAACUCUAAGCAAUUUAUGAGUUUAUGACUAUUGUAAGCUGCAAAGAUUCAGUUUCAUCAAGUAGUUCUCAUGUCUAA